AUGACACAGUUUUUACCGGAUAAUUUGUUGGCGUUGUUUGAAGCACGACCACCAUUACCGUAUAAACCACCGCCCGAUGAUUUACUUAUUGACCGGAAGCGACCGAAAAUGUCUGGUUUAUCCGAAUACAUUCAUCUUUUCGAGGACCCUAAGGAUACGCCACCAAAGCCAGUCUAUGAAUCGAAAGAAGAAAGACGGGCUCGACGGCGAAAAGAAAAGGAGGAAUUGUUGGCAUAUAAGAUUGAACAAGGCAUUGCGACAUGGAAUCCAGCUCAGAAUCCAAGUGCAACCACCGAUCCGUAUAAGACUUUGUUUGUAGCUCGAAUAAAUUAUGAAACGUCCGAAUCGAAACUUCGACGAGAAUUUGAACAAUUUGGGAAGAUCACACGUUUAGCAUUGGUUCAUGAUAAAAAUGGAAAACCACGAGGUUAUGCUUUUAUCGAAUAUCAACAUAAAGAAUCAAUGUCAGAAGCUUACAAAAAAGCUGAUGGCAUGAAAAUUGAUGGACGACGGGUGGUUGUUGAUUAUGAGCGCGGUCGUACACAGAAAUCUUGGUUGCCACGACGGCUUGGUGGUGGUAAAGGUGAUACACGACGUCUUCGUGAAUCAAAAGCUGUGCUAGAAGCAGCUGCAUUAGAAAUGGCUCAUGAAGACCGUGAUCAUCGAUCUUCAUCUACCCAUCGCUCAUACUCCCAUGAUCGCGAUCGGGAACAUAAUGGCACAGUUUCGAAUUCAAGGCGUCACAGUCGUAGUCGUGAUCGUGAUCGUGAUAGAGAUCGUGAUCGAGAUUCAAGACGGUACGAUGAUCAUCGUUCGUCACGUGAUGGUCGAAGCGAUGGUGAUCGGGACCGUGAUUAUCGGGAUCGUGAUCGAGAUAGAGGCCGCGAUUAUGAUCGUCGACGCCAUUAA